CUGCUAGAAUUACCAUGACAAGUUAUUUACUCUGUGUGAGAUGGACUCAAAGGCUAAGAAUCUCUCACACCUCUGUCCUCUUCUCCUUUCUACAUAUAGUGGCUUCAUGGGCUUAAUGAAUUUUCUUCUCACAUAGCUAGCAGUUGGUGGUAUCUGAGUGCUUACAUUUCAAAUUCAGGAUACACAAGUUGCCGUCAAUUAGUCAACAUGGUUAAGACAGUUGAGUUGUAUGGAUUUUGCUCUGUUCAGUCCCCAGAAGCAGUGACAGAGUUUGUGGAGAAACAUACUGGAAAAGGCACUGUUUAUGCUGUGAAGGUCUUCCACAAAGAUGGAAAAACAAGAGCAUCUGCCAUGGUUCAAUUCACACAUGCAGAGUUUGCUGAAAUGAUGCUGACAUUAGCCGGAGAUCAUCUUCGACGAAACGUGCGGUAUGGGAAAUCAAAUGUGAAAGCUACAGAAAUGAAGUUUGACAUGGUACCUGAUUCACAAACCUUUCAACCUAGCAUGGAACUUGUAAAGCUGCACUUUGGAUGCCAGAUUUCUAAGGAACGGUUUUCUGUGCUUUGGACACUAUCCGAUGUUUCGGUGAAAUUUGGGAUGAUACUUAAACAUUUCUACUUUUUUUUCUCUUAUGAUUCUGUUGAAUAUAAGCUAGAAAUCUCCUAUGACAAUGUUCGCCAGAUUGAGCUACAUAGUCCAUGUGAUCAACUUGCAAAGUUUCUUCUCAUCAAGUUACGCGGUGCCCCUCGGAUUUAUAAGAAAGGUGUCCCUGUGAAGAACAAGAAAAAGGAAGCUUCUGACAAUUACUGGGUUCGAGAAGUUGAUUUCACUCCAGCUUGCUGCAUUGGGCAAUCUUCUGCUAUAUGUUUGGAGCUUCCACUUAGGUGGAUGCUUCCAAAUCUAGGCAGCACUUUUGUUCAUUAUAAAGAAGAUGAAGGACGGUUCGUUCUGGAGAGAGGCAACGGUUUCUCCAGUAGCUCAGAUCUUGUUCCUAUGGUGCGUCCACCCCUAAGCAUUAAGUUGCCAUAUAAAGUCCUGUUCAAGAUAAAUUCCUUGGUACAGUAUGGAUGUGUUCCUGGGCAAGCGCUUGAUGUCAAAUUUUAUAAGCUAGUUGAUCCUAGUAGAAUAAGAAUUGAAUAUAUAGAGUGUGCCCUGGACAUACUAUUUCACUCAAAAGAGUGCUGCUAUGAACCCGUGAGUUGGCUUAGAAACCAGUACAAAAAGCACUGGGCAAGCAAGCGAAUUGCCAAAACACCUGCUAUUUCUUUGGAUGAUGGGCUGGUGUAUGUACAUAGGGUUCAAAUAACACCAUCUAAAGUAUAUUUCUGUGGUCCAGAGAUAAAUCAUUCGAAUCGCCUUUUCCGAAAGUAUCCUGAAGAUGUUGAUAACUUUCUUCGUGUAUCUUUCGUUGAUGAGGACUUGAGCAAGAUGCAUUCAGAAGAUUUAUGUACGCGUUCUACAAAACAAGAAAGGCCAACUAGAGUCCAUGAAAGGAUACUUUCUAUCCUAAAAAAUGGCAUAGUUAUUGGUGAGAAGAAGUUUGAGUUUCUUGCCUUUUCAUCAAGUCAAUUACGAGGUCAUUCUGUGUGGAUGUUUGCUUCAAGAAGUGAGCUCACAGCACAAGACAUCAGAAACUGGAUGGGUGAUUUUAAGGAGAUUAGAAAUGUGGCAAAACAUGCUGCCAGGCUUGGUCAGUCUUUCAGCUCUUCCAAGGAGGCUUUUAGUGUUGGUGAGGACGAAGUUGAACUCAUUCCCGAUGUAGAAAUUGAAAGGGAUGGAGUUAAGUAUUGCUUUUCUGAAGGAAUUGGGAAAAUAUCUGCUGACUUUGCUGCAAGGGUGGCAAGAAAGUUCAAGUUAAGUUGUACUCCAUCUGCCUUCCAAAUUCGAUAUGGUGGCUAUAAAGGUGUUCUGGCAGUUGAUCCAACAUUGUCAAAGAACUUGUCAUUGAGAAAGAGCAUGUGCAAGUACCAAUCCAACAACACA